CUUAAUAAAAAUUAAAAAAAUGUCUGUUGUUAAAUAUGUUGGUAGAAAAACAGAUUUCCGAGGAAAAACUCUGUGGGAAAUAUUAGGAAAUUUAAAAAAUUUUGGUGUAGGAAGGAUUGUUGUCAGAAGCAUGUUUGAGAGAUAUCCAGAACCAUGUUUUUAUAAAGUACUUAAAGUAGAAGCUUUACCAAAUGAGGAAUGUCGCAAAGUAAAAGUUACAGUUGAAAAAACUUUUCGAGGUCAUACUUAUCCAAAACCAUCUAUUAUUAUGAGUGCAUCAUAUAAAGCUGAUUAUCGUUUAAUACCCAAAGAUGAAGAAGCUCAAUAUUGUAAGAUCGAAACUAAAUCACCUGAAGGUGUUGUGUGUAGAGAAAUGGAUUUUCCACCACUGUUAAAGCAAUUUAUUGAAGAAGAAACCGGAAUUAAAAAUCCGAAACUCCCUGUACAUUUCAAAGAAGGGAGAGAUAAACGUUAUAGACUUGCAGCUGAAGGUGAAACUCCUACAAUAAAAAUUGAAAUGGGAUUAGGAAAACCAAUAAGUCCAAAAUUAUACGAACACUUAUAAUCCAUAUUAGAAAUUUAUUUACAUUAAAUUUUGUACAUUAGUUUUUAAAAAUAUAGAGAAAUUAUAAUAAAAAGAAUAUAACAUUAAUAAGUUUGGAAGAUAAACUUUCGAUUUUAUAUUCGCUAUUUGAAUGUUGUUAAAAUGC